AUGUCGAGCCGCUGUCUGUCUCUUCCUACUCAACAUCGUUUCACAUGGUCAACCACCUAUGUCGAGCAACACAACGUCACAGCAUGCGUCGUCUACUUCGCCAUCAGGGGUAUGAAAACUGUACUUUUCCUCGUGGCAACUGCGAUAUACGUGAAUGCUGACGUUUACGACUGUAGUGGGACAGGGAAGUGCCCACCUGGAAUGAAAUGUGAAAGUGGGAGAUGUAUUGUUCGACUUGACUGCCCACAGCGAGGAAUUCCUAUUGUAGGGCCAGGAUGCAAACUCGUAGAUUUCGUUGAUGAAAAUGGCUGUCCCAAGUCGAAAGUGGUUUGCAAUGGUGACAAAAGUAUUUGA